GCCGCGGUGGGUCUAUAUAUAGAGACAGGAGAGGGUCAUUGGUUCUCGCCACUCAGUAGUCAGUACUCCCUUUUUCGUCUCCCAGCCACAGCCCUUGCGUUAUCUUCGUCACAUUUCUCGUUUCAAGAACUCAAAUUCCAGGUUCUGAAGAAUGGGAAGCACUGAUGGAACCAGCUAUGGUGCAUACACCUAUGAGAGCCUUGAGAGGGAACCGUACUGGCCAUCUGAAAAGCUCCGGAUUUCCAUAACAGGGGCAGGUGGAUUUAUCGCCUCUCAUAUUGCACGGCGUUUGAAGGCUGAAGGCCAUUAUAUUGUUGCAUCUGACUGGAAGAAGAACGAGCACAUGACAGAAGAUAUGUUCUGUAAUGAAUUCCAUCUUGUUGAUCUGAGGGUCAUGGAUAAUUGUUUGAAGGUCACCAAGGGAGUUGACCAUGUCUUCAACCUUGCAGCAGACAUGGGUGGGAUGGGUUUCAUUCAGUCCAAUCACUCUGUCAUCAUGUACAAUAACACAAUGAUCAGCUUUAACAUGCUUGAGGCUGCAAGGAUCAAUGGAGUCAAGAGAUUGUUUUAUGCCUCGAGUGCUUGCAUUUACCCUGAAUUUAAGCAAUUGGAGACUAAUGUGAGCUUGAAGGAAUCUGAUGCAUGGCCUGCAGAGCCUCAAGAUGCUUAUGGCUUGGAGAAACUUGCAACAGAGGAGUUAUGCAAGCAUUAUACCAAGGACUUCGGCAUUGAGUGUCGGAUUGGAAGGUUCCAUAAUAUUUAUGGUCCUUUUGGAACAUGGAAAGGUGGCAGGGAGAAGGCUCCUGCUGCUUUUUGCAGGAAGGCUAUCACGUCUGUAGACAAGUUUGAGAUGUGGGGUGAUGGACUUCAAACCCGAUCUUUCACUUUCAUUGAUGAGUGUGUAGAAGGUGUACUUAGAUUGACAAAGUCAGACUUCCGAGAGCCAGUGAACAUUGGAAGCGAUGAAAUGGUCAGCAUGAAUGAGAUGGCUGAGAUAGUUCUUAGCUUUGAGAACCAGAAACUCCCUAUCCACCACAUUCCUGGGCCUGAGGGUGUCCGAGGUCGUAAUUCUGAUAAUACUCUAAUUAAAGAGAAGCUUGGUUGGGCUCCCACAAUGAAAUUAAAGGAUGGGCUGAGAAUUACCUACUUCUGGAUCAAAGAACAGAUCGAGAAAGAGAAGGGUGAAGGUGUUGAUCUGUCGCUUUAUGGAUCAUCCAAGGUGGUGGGAACCCAAGCUCCUGUUCAACUAGGAUCGCUCCGUGCUGCUGACGGUAAAGAAUAAGGCAGUUGAAGCCUAGUGACUAUUCUACUUGCAUUGAAGAAAUAGACGUCCUAUUUUUGACAUGCUACUAUCUUGCAUUCCUUAGGAGGAUAUCUAUGGGUGUUGACUAUAUUAUUAGUCUAUUUGGAUCAACGUCUGCUAUUUUGGCAGCCUCAUGUACCAUGCGGAGUGUUUGUAAGAGAGGCUUUUAUGCUCCCUCUGUAUUUGCUUUGUGUUGGGUGGAUAUCUGCGAGUCUUUUAGGCUCCCCGUUGUGCUUCUAGCUCUUUCCCCUGCAAAAACUGUUUGUAUGAUGUAAUUGUUUAAUGAAUUCCAUUUUCCUUCCA